GUGUUGCUGCCGAACAGGAAGAGUCUUUAAGACUCUUCAAGUACCUCUCUCUCUCUCUCUCCCCCUCCCUCUCACGCACAUGCGUAUUGCGCGCACCAUGCUCACUGGAGAAUUCACGGCCCGGUGUGCGGGCACUGUGAGGUUUGGAGCGGCAAAAGCCUAAGCCACAAAAUUCUACUACUUACUUCUCAAUCACUCCGAUUCCAAUUCCAAUUCCAAUUCAUCCCCAAUCUGCGGAUUUUCACUGUCAUUUUCGCAAAUGCUCUGUUCAAUCUCGGCCGGCAAGUCCGGUUCCAAGUGGCUGGACCGGCUUCGGUCAUCCAAGGGUUUUCCGUCCGGCGACGGCCUCGAUCUCGAGCAAUUCCUUAUCCACCACAACUCUCACCUAUCGAAUACUUCAGACGAUGAUCUCUCUAUUUCCGAUCCCAACAGCGGCCCCAAAUUGGGCGAACAGCUAGUUCCCGAUGACAAGCGAAAGGCGGAGACUCCUCGAGAAAACGGAGAGAGCGAAUGGUUCGGCGUAAUGAGCAAUGUCCUCGCUGAGCUGUUCAACAUGGGAGAUGGGAGCAAUUUACAGAGAAUUAAUGCGAAAAAGAGCUCGCGUAAGCAAGCAAACCCUAAAAUUUGCCUUCAUCCGACAUCGUCAAGUGAGAACGGUGAUGGGAUUUUACCCCGUAAUGAUGAGAACAGCCUUUUGGAGAAGAAGGGGGCGAGUGAUCCAAUAAGGUUACCGAAGGAACAAAAUGUUGGUAUUGGUAUCGAUGUUGAUCUCAGUUCUGCGGAUGGUGAAGAGGAUGAGAAUUGUCGUGCUGAUCUUGCUGGGUUCUCACGCACCGAAGUGACUGUGAUAGACACCAGCUAUUCGUCGUGGAAGUGCGAGAAGUUGUUAUUCAGAAGGAAGAACGUGUGGAGGGUUCGCGAGAACAAGACUAAGUCAACGAACACUGGGAUGAAGAAGAGGAAACUGAACCCAUUGGAGGAUGAAAGUGCCGGUAGAGUGAAGAAACUAAAGCAGUGCAGUUCUUCCAAGGAUGCCAAUGGUGAAGACCGCGUGAUGACAUCGAAUAAUAUAGAUCUGCAGAGUGACAAAAUGAAGAAAAACCAUAAAGAGACACCAGAUAUUCUCGGACAAGUUCCUAAAAAAAGGCAAGGGGACUUGUUUGUGACGUGCCCCAGGAAAUCAAAAAAGCCCGGCUCAUCUGUUAUUCUUAUAAAGAGCAUUCCUGCCAGUAAGAAAGAUGGGUCAAAAUCCCAUAAGAAGUAAGAGCUGUCUCAAGUUAAUUCCCAAACAGUAUAAGGAUUGACAAUUAAGAUAUUGGGGAAGCAGUCCAUUAUCUGCAAACAACUAUACCUUCGAUGGCCUAGGCAGAGCCUUCUAUUUUCUUUUGUUCAAAGUUUUAAUAUGUAGGUAAGUGUUUGAAUGCUUAAAUAUUAUAUCAACUCAAUUAUUCGAAGAAUUCUGAUUU